AUGUUCCCCACAGUGGAUGUGCGAGCGCUGGCAGAGGCGGUGAGGGGGGACAUCACACCUGCUCCUUUCCCCUCCUUCCCCCCAUGCAAAUGCACACCGUGUAUCUCCCUGACUCCUCUGCAGUCCCACUCACUCGCCUCACGAGAAUCAGCGGCACGCAAGGCCCUGCCCAUGCAUCUGACGGUGGAGCUGAGGGAGCAGCUGGCGGAGGCGACUCAUCUGCAGUCCCACUUACCUGCCUCACGAGAAGCCUCUGUGCGCAAGGCUCUGCCCAUGUAUCCAACAGUGGAGCUGAGGGAGCUGGCGGAGGCGGUGGGGCGGGACAUCAUGCGCGGCAAUCCCGAGGUGACGUGGAGCAGUGUCAAGGGGCUGGGCGGCGCCAAACAGCUGCUCAAGGAGGCCGUCGUCAUGCCCAUCAAGUACCCGCAGUACUUCACGGGUCUGCUCGCCCCAUGGAAGGGCAUUCUGCUCUUUGGCCCUCCUGGAACAGGCAAGACAAUGCUGGCCAAGGCGGUGGCAACAGAGUGUCGCACCACCUUCUUCAACGUCUCUGCCUCCACGCUUGUCAGCAAGUGGCGAGGUGAUUCCGAGAAGCUGGUGCGGAUGCUGUUUGACGUGGCACGCGCCCUGGCCCCCUCCACCAUCUUCCUGGACGAGGUGGACGCUCUCAUCAGCCACCGGGGAGGUGGGACAGGCGAGCACGAGGCCAGCAGGCGGCUCAAGACAGAGCUGCUUGUGCAGAUGGACGGGUUGAGCAGCUCGUCCGACCUGGUGUUUGUGCUGGCCGCCACCAACCUGCCGUGGGAGCUCGACACUGCCAUGCUGCGCCGCCUCGAGAAGCGCGUGAGUCUAUGCCCUGCUGCUGCAGCCACUCUUAGAGUGGACUCUAAAGUCCUCGUACUCCAGAGUGGAUCUAGUCCCCCCUUUCCCCACCAGAUCCUAGUACCUCUACCAGACUCUGACGCCCGCAGAGCCAUUCUCUCCUCGCUGCUGCCACGGCCGCACAAGGCUGCACGGACAGGCACUGGCCUGCACAUACAGGCGCCCACCACGCACAUACAGGCGCCCACCACGCACAUACAGGCGCCCACCACGCACACAGAUGCUCACAGCGCGGGGAACGAUGGCGGUGCAGAGGUGUGUAAGGAUGGUUCCGCGGAAAACGAGGGUGGAGGAGCAACUGCCGGUCGUGAAUGUGUGGGGGUGAAGUGGAGAGGGGCUAAUGGGGUGGUGGCGGUGCAAGCUAAUGGCUGCUCUGAUAUGCCUCAGAAUGCGAUGGGGGCACGGGGGAUUGAUUGCAGCUGGUGCGUGGUUGCUCAGUGCAAGGAAAUUGAGGAGCAUGGGAUAGGGGACGGCGAUGGGGGGUGUGGCGGAGAGAGGAGGAGAGAGGAUCAGGGCGUGAGGGAGGAUGAGAACCAGAGGGAGGAAGCGGGGAGCAAGGAGGAAGGAGAGGGGGCAAGGGAAAAGGCGAGAAAGGAGGAAGGGAGGAGACGGGAGAAGCAAUGGGAGGAGGAGGUCGACUUAGAGGGUGUGGUGGCGGCAACGGAAGGGUAUUCAGGUGCUGACAUGCGGCUGCUGUGCAAGGAGGCAAGCGAGGAGGCAAGCGAGGAGGAGUGGGAGAAUGAGAUUGGAUUGGAAGGUGUGGUGGCGGCAACGGAGGGGUAUUCAGGUGCUGACAUGCGGCUGCUGUGCAAGGAAGCUGCCAUGCGGCCCCUGCGCCGCCUCAUGGUCCUUAUUGAUGGGGCGGAGAGGGUAGUAAAAGGGGAGAGUGGAGAGAGGGGGGAGAGGGGGGAGGAGGGGAAGAUGGGGACUCGAGAGGAAGGGGAGAUGGUGGAUAGAGGGGCGACUGGGGAGCGGGGGGAGAGAGGGGAGAAAUGGGAGAAGGAGGGUAGGGAGGAAGUGAUGGAGGAGGUGAAGGGGGCAGAGGGUAAGGGUAAGCAAGCGGAGAGGGCUGAGCCGGAGCAUGUGCUUGUGCCUGUGCUUGGGCCGAUCACGCGGGACGACAUGCAGAUGGCGCUGCAUGUGACCAAGGCGCUGGGCAGGGUGCAUGCUGACAGGUACCUUGCUUUCGACCGGGAGUUCGGCAGCAGAUACACCAUGGCUUCGCCUACUUGUCCCUCCCCUGCUUGCCACAUUCCCCGCGCCACCAACCUCUCUCUCUCAUCGUGCUCAUCCUUCCGCGCGUCCACAUUGGUGCCUGUUCCGCAAUCCGCGACACCGCGAAUCCAACGACCGUCGCUGGCCGUUCGAUGCGCAUCUGACGGUGAGGAUGGGGACGGAGGGGGCGGGAGCAAGUCGCGGCUGGGAAGCAUCAUCCGCCGGAAACACGCUACGGUGCAGGCGCGGCUGCAGCAGAUGGGGCAGGACGAGGUGAACCGCCGUCUGGAGGGCGCAGUGCGUCUGCACCCGCCCGCGCAGCUCACAGACCUGCUGCUGCGCGGGGCCCCGGGCGCGGAGGGCGGGGGCGGCCUGGAGGGGCCAGGGGGGGCGGAUUGGGGGCGCACGACGCUGGUGGUGGAGGUGGCGCGCGCGCGCCCGUCCGAGUCCCCUGAGAGCCUUGCCAGGCGCUGCCAACAAUACGUUGCUCUUGGAGCGGACACGGUGAUGGUGUGCUGUGAUGAGGAGAUUUCCCCUGAUGGCCUUGCUGACGUCAGAGCUGUAUCCAGAGCCCUCCCUGGAGUGCCAGUCAUUGUAAAGGUCUGGAUGCUACAUCCCAUUCAGGUGGCAGAAGCAGCGGAGGCAGGGGCAGCAGCUUUUCAUAUAGUGCACGGGGUUCUCAAUAAAGCCACGGCUCCAAUGCUCGCCUUUGCCUUUGGACUGGGAGUUGACGUGGCAGUAGAGGUGGUGAAUCUGGAGGAGCUGAAGCGACUGGAGCCGCUCGCCAUUCCCCUCUAUGGCCUCAACCUCUCUGUUGGGCUCGCUGUGUCAGCACCCGGGUUCAGGCAGAGCGUAGCCAGGUCGUUGCUCUCCUCCAUGCCCUUUGGUGCUGCUGCUCUCGUUGGCGCCUCAUCUGUGGAGGAUGUGCGGAUGAUGAAGGCAGCAGGUGCGACAGCAAUUGUGCUCAAAAGGGAGGUGUUUAAAGGGAUGGAGGGCGGUGGCACGGGGUUGGGAGAGAAGGAGGAGGAGAAGGCCUUGCAAGUCCUGUUUGAGACGCUCAACUACAUCUUGACUGGCGAUGACUAA